CACGGCGCGCGUGUGUCAUCCUCGCCGCGGAGCCGAGACCGCAAGUCGCGUGCCAUAUUAUAUCCGUCGUGUACGCCCGACAGACGCGUGUCUUAUCAUAUUUUAUGAUAGCGAUCGAUGUUGUAUUUUUUUAUUGUAUUCUAACAGGUAGUACAUAACAGUGUGAUUGUCCGACCGUCGCCCGGCCACCACAUCACUCUGCCGACUCGGCCUACCCUCUGUCUCCGCACGCCGAAGAAACAUCCGCACACACAAACUACAAUAAUAUUUGAAAUUAUAUAUUUUAUUCGCAUUCCGGACUGCGCUGCAAGUACGAUCCAGGGAAAGCGAUCCCUGAAGUCAGUGAUUAUCGUUUACCUGCAAUUAUAGUCUCGAUCGUCCGGUUGUGAUGAAAUGAGUUUGGUGGUAAAUUCAAGGUCAGAACAUGUCCGUUUGCGAUUGCUGGGCCAGUUUCAAGUUUUCUCAAAUUAUUUUGUGUUUGAGCUGUCUACUCUAUAAGAGAUGGUCGGACGCAGAAGCCACCAGGCUGUUUUAUUUCUUCGAGAAGUCGUCCAGGGAGUGGCCGUUGCUGAACAACAUCACCAGGAACGGGGCCGGAUCUCUGUUCGCGGACGUGACUUUCGGCGGUUACAUAAUAAUAUGCGUGGCGCUGUACAUAGCCUACUUGAUGGGCGAGCUCAAAAACAGCAAGAAAACUGAAUCGUUUCUGUUGGUCAUCGGUGCGGCGCUGUUCAUCGCUGUUGGCUGUCUGGUGUUGACAGCCGUGGACAGCGUGCCCGGGAACCUGAUUGUCAACGCGCUCGUGCUGGGCACCCUGUCCAUAGUGACAGGUAUGGUGUUCGUGCUGGACACGUGUCUGUCGAACAGGCGGAACGAUAAGGAGUCGCACCUGUUGCCGAAGAACACUCGGUAUGGCGACAUUGCGCGCACUAGGGCCGCCGUCGAUGGUGCGGUGCAUGCCAACGGGACAAACGGAGUGCACGCAAACGGGACGAACGGAGUGCACGCAAAGGGGACGAACGGAUUGCACGCAAACGGCACGAACGGCGUGCACGUCAAUGGGACAAACGGCAUGCUGAAGCGGGAGACGGCAGUAGAGAACAAGCAGAAAAACGGCUUGCUACGGACAGCCGCCAACGGUCGGACGGUGGAGACAAAGAACGAGAGCGUUCAGACGACCACAAGCAGGGAUCGUGGACGACUGGACGAAAAUGGCGACGACGUCGACGGGGCGGCCGCACAUCAGUACGGUCGUAGGUAUUUGGACGACCGCGGGUUCGACGUGGGUCACGGACAUAGGCACACCGAGUGGUACGACACGGACAUGGACCUGCCAAAAAUGAAGAAACUAGAAAUCAACGUGCCAGCCGAGGAGUCUCCGGAUUACCGUCGCAGAUUUGUAAACGUUAAGAGCGGUGUUAAACUACAAUCACCCAGCAUUACUAGCACUGUGCACAAUCAACAGGAAAGUCCGAAGGAGGAAAAUGAGCAUGAAGUGAAAAAUGCCAGAGUACCGUAUGUUUUUUCAGAAAAAAAGAGACCAACUAGACCUACUGAUCUACCCUUGAAAUCACCUGUGGAGAGGGUGAAUGAUUCAUUACAAAAAUCGGUUAAAAGUCGAUUUUACUUUGGGGCGAACACGGAAGAGCCUAAAUCGCCAAAUGAUCCUGGCUACGUGCUGCACACUGCAUCCAGGUGGGAAGAACAACCUGCAGCAGCCGUGCCACAAAAUGGAUACAAAAACUUUAAAAGAAGUCAAGUAUAGGAUCUUUGGGAGAAUUUUCUUCUUCAAGUACGUGUUGAGUUGGAUCAAAUGAUUCCUUAUCGUAUUCUUUUGUACCCAAAAUAUUUGUACCUUUAAUUCUUAUAACAGUAGCCUUUUCAACUCCUAGCAUCCUAGCAUA